UUCACCAAUGCACAUACUGGCUGGCAUACACACAUGACCAUGUACAUAUGCACGUGGAUGUGCACACGCAUGCACACACAGCGGGCACUCUGUCCGAGAGCAGCAGAUUACAGUUGUGUGAGGAGUGAGUGACUACUUGCAGUUUACAGUCUAGCUGAGCUCAUUUCAGUCGAUGUUUAUUUGCCUACUACAAUGCUGUAAUGCCUUUUGUAAGGAGAGGGCAUAUUAUAUAUUUUUUAUAAUACGUAUUUGGAUUGAGCCCAUCAGUCGUCGGUUUGUUGUUUGACUUUUCUCAGGCAUCCUGCUGCACCCUGACCUUUUUAAAGGGUCAAUCUGGAAUUGGGAUACAUCCUGCUGGAACACGGACAUCCUGGAUGAGUAGUGAGCAGUGAUGAGUGACAGGGAGGCAGUCCAGGCCCAUGUCCUUCUGUCAUCACAGGGCCACCAGACAGCCCUCCACCGAGCAGCCAUGGUGGGGAACAGUGAUAUCAUAGACGGACUCAUCAAGGGAGGCUGCGCUCUAGACCUGCAGGACAAGGACGGCAACACGGCGCUCCAUGAGGUCUCAUGGCAUGGCUUCUGUCAGUCAGUCAAACUGUUGGUCAAGGCUGGAGCUGACGUUCACGCCAGGAACAAGGCAGGAAACACAGCUCUCCACCUGGCCUGUCAGAAUGCCAAUGCUCAGAGCGCCCACGUGCUGCUGCUGGGAGGCUCCAGACCAGACAUCAAGAACAAUGUGGGGGACACCUGUUUGCAUGUGGCAGCACGCUACAAUCACCUGGCCAUGAUCAAGAUUCUGGUGGGCGCCUUAUGCUCUGUUACGGAGAAAAACCAGCUAGGGGACACUGCUCUCCAUGUGGCGGCUGCCCUAAACCACAAGAAAACUGUUCAGCUCCUCCUGGAGGCAGGGACUGACGGCAACGCACGAAACAACGCAGGGAAGACUGCCCUGGACAAGGCCAGAGACUACAACCACAAAGACGUGUCUCUCCUGCUGGCCAGAGCUCCUCAGGUUCACUGUUUCACUAGAGAAAGGAUGGUGAGGAAGAAAAGGGACCGGCUGAAGGCAGAACGCAGAACCCAGUCUGUCACUAGAGAAGAAAUUCUGCCCAACAAGGACAGUGGGUACAUGGCUGAGGCGUCUCACGGUAGUGAGCGUAGGGCCAGCAGAGCAGGGCUGCCUCACCAUCAUCACCACCGCCUUCACUACAGUAAAACAUCAGUCACCCCAACCAGCCCUUACCACAGAAGGAGAAGACAUAAGCUUUUCAAAGAACAGGCCUUGGCAGAGGAUACUCCGAGAAGAAGAAUGAAUGGCCAUCCCGAACUCCACAGGAAGAGCAGACUGUGUACACAUGAUGAAGCCCCUCCGCCUCACAACGGCAAAACCUAUCAGCUAUACACCCUGUACCGCGACAAGGACGGCAAUGUCAAACAGGCCCCAGCCAAUGGCUGCCACUGUAAGCCCCUGAUCAAGAGGCUAGAGGGAGAGCUGAACGCCACUAAAGAGGAGAUGAGGACACAGAUGCUGACGGUUCAGGAGCAAGUCUAUUCUAGGCUUGGGAGGAUGGACCGCAAGAGCAUACACCAGGCCUGUCUGCUACCAGUCAAUUCAAAUCAACUUUGUUGUACACAUGGCUUUUUCUGUCUCAUACAGAAAGACAAACUGCAAAUACAGCCUGUAAACCUCCACUCGAAUUUGUGUGGACAUUUGUGUGGAAAUGACAUGAAUGACAUACAGAUGAUAGCUGCUGUUCGGCGUUGUGUUGAUCAGAUCAAAGUGCUGGACAUGUUGACCCAGGAGAGGGUGGCAGCAGAGAGGAUGGAGUGUCUCUACAGGUUGGACCAGACAGCUGCCCAGGGCAGAGAGGAGGCACAGAGGAGACAGCAGGCAGCAGCAACCCAGGAGUUGAAGAGGUGGUGCAUGACUCAGAUCCAGGAUAUGGACCUCCACCUCCCAGCCCACCCCCAGUACUACAAGCUGCUCCCCUCUCCGUCUGUGGAGCAGUCUGUGGGGGACGAUGGAGACUCAGAGUGCCUCCCCCUGCUCUCUGUCUUCUCUGGGGACAGCAACAGCUCUCUGGCUAACUACGUCAACCUGCUGUCAUGCCCUUCACCCUCGCCUUCAAUCACCCACAAUGCGCCACACAGUCCGGCAAUGGAGCAGGGCCAGGGUCAGGGGUCGGGCAGGAAGUACUUUGAGCUGAAGCUGGACAGAUCACCAGAUGACGACCAGAACACUACUCUUCUCCCUCUGCUAGCUCAACGCCAUCACCCAGGAAUCCUCCUGAGCUCUACCGCCACCCGGUGUCAGCAUCCAGAACUGCUCGACAAUCACAUUCCGGGGCUGAUCUGGGAUGGCUGCUCCAGCAGUGUCAGCAGCAGCCAGUCUCCCACCAGCAACUGGAAGCAGGGCCGGGGCCAGGACAGCCAUGGCUGGCACCACAAGAAGCACCUCCGUGACCGGAUCAGGACGCGCGGCCUGAUGAGACCACCCAGUGUCGGGACCAGGACCCUAGAGUUCUUCAUGGACAGACCCCCUGAGCCCACAUUCAGUCAGGAGAGAAACAACCUACACGCCAUGGAGGUGACCCAGAGGUUCUUUGAGACAGUGUCCACUCAGCUGGAGUGCUGGUAUGAGAGGAAGAUCCAGGAUGCCAAGCGGCAGGCAGAGCUCAGGGCACAGCAGGACAGGGCCGAACUCCUGCAGCGAAUUAGAAGCCUGGAGGAGGAGCUUGAACAGCUCAGGAUGACCAAUGGGAGCACAGACAGUUGAUGCCAACCGGGCUGACAUCAUGAGUUUGAGCAGAGGAAGAGAUGAAGCGAGAGGGUUUACUUUGCCCAAAAUCUGUCCACGAAAAUAAGACCGCAAAGUGAGGAAUUUUUUAUGGAGGACAAUGAGUCGAAUUUGGAUAAGAAAAACUUGAAUUGCUUACUUGAUCAAAUAAAAGUUUCAAAAUGGUUAGGUUGUUAUGAAUGCAUUGAUAUAAGUGAACGCAUGUGGCAUUUCGGAAACCUAAUUUUUUUUUAACUUAAUCUGAGUUGUGCCUUUUGUUCACACGUGUAUCUGCCCUCUCAUUGGCUAGAAUAGUCCCACCUGAUCUCGACUCCUUUGGCCUGCCUUCCAUCAAAGACAAUACAGUGCUUCCAUCUUUGAGGACACUCAUUUCCAAUGUUAGUGGUCACUCGACUAUCUUGUCAAUAUAAUAGUUUAUAAUAUUAUAGUUAUAAUAUUAUAUAGUUAUAAUAGUCUUUGGUUUUACCCUUACCUUAACCUAAUUGUAACCCAUUUGAAAAUGAAAUAUCACAUCUGCUACGUCCCCUUUGUUUUUCCCAUUUAUUGCUUAUACAGUGCCUUGCAAAAGUAUUCAACCCCCUUGGCGUUUUUUUCAAUUUUAUUCCAUUACAACCUGCAAUUUAAAUUGAUUUUUAUUUGGUUUUCAUGUAAUGGACAUACACAAAAUAGUCCAAAUUGGUGAAAUGAAAUGAAAAAAGAUUAAAACUCAGAAAAGUGGUGAGCGCAUUUGUAUUCACCCCCUUUGCUAUGAAGCCCCUAAAUAAGAUCUGGUGCAACCAAUUACCUUCAGAAGUCACUUAAUUAGUUAGAUUGCACACAGGUGGACAAUAUUUAA